GAGGGAGAGACGUAAAUCUAACAAGUCCCUUGAUACGGUGCAAGAUUUUUGGUCUCAAUUCCAAAAGGAGGUAAAAGAACCAGUCAUGAAUCGUCGUGACGAUCCGAAUCCUUUUGAUGAAGAAGUCAAUCCAUUCUCGAAUGGCAGUGCUACUCCUGGAUCAAAAUCCCGUAUACCGCAAAUGGUUGCUAGUACCCUUGGUUUUGGUCAAAAACAUGAUGCAACUGUAGACAUACCAUUGGACUCAAUGAAUGAUCCGAAGAAAAAAGAGAAAGAACUUUCAAAUUGGGAAGCAGACUUGAAAAGAAGGGAAAGGGACAUCAAGCGAAGAGAAGAAGCCGUUGCUGGUGCGGGCAUCCCCACAGAUGAUAGAAACUGGCCUCCAUUCUUUCCAAUAAUUCAUCAUGAUAUAACCAAUGAGAUACCUGUUCAUGCUCAAAAGUUGCAGUAUUUGGCUUUUGCAAGUUGGUUAGGCAUAGUUCUUUGCCUUACAUUUAAUGUUGUAGCAGUGACGGUCUGUUGGAUUAAGGGUGGUGGUGUCAAGAUUUUUUUCCUUGCAACAAUUUACGCUCUUCUUGGAAUUCCCCUUUCCUAUGUUCUAUGGUACAGGCCACUCUACCGUGCAAUGAGGACUGACAGUGCUUUCAAAUUUGGAUGGUUUUUCAUGUUUUACUUGCUUCACCUCGGCUUUUGUAUAUUUGCUGCUAUCGCUCCUCCAAUCGUUUUUCAUGGGAAGUCGUUAACGGGCAUCCUUGCUGCUGUUGAUGUCUUUUCUGACCAUAUAUUAGUCGGGAUUUUCUAUUUAGUAGGAUUCGGGUUAUUUUGCUUAGAAUCGCUUCUAAGCUUCUGGGUACUUCAGAAAGUUUACAUGUUUUUCCGUGGAAACAAGUGAGAAGUGCGUUUUUUUUGGAUGGAUACGAGAUUAGAGGCUUUGAGUUGGUGAUCGCAUAUUCUUCCUUCCUGCUGAGGUUGUUAUUGUUAGUUUAGAAUGAUUGGUGUGUUAAAUUGCUCUUUUAGAAUGGUUGUGUUUAGGCAGCAGUCUUUUUGUGGAAAAGGCAUGGAACUUUAUCAAGAAAAACAGAACAUCUUUGAGCAUUUGAAAAAGCCUAGUAUAUACAUCUGUAUGUGUGUGCAUAUAUGAGAUAUAAGAGGGUGAGAAAGAAGUUUCUUCAUAUAGAAAUGGUUCAAGUAUUUAAAAGA